AUGUUUUCGGAACUUUCAGUACGACACCGUUGGAGGCUGUCCAACUGUGAGGGCGACGAGUCUUCCACCCCAGGCUUACACAAACGUUUCACCAAACGCCUCUCGCAUUUCUGGAGACGCAAACGAGACAGAUUCGACACCAAAGUGGCUGCGAAAACAAAACAAGCAGGGGAUGCACCAUCAAACAAUGGGAUUGAUGAUCCCAAGUCAAUUGGCCAGCGAAUGCCCUACAAAGCCCUGAGCCUACUUUUCAAGUCAGGCUACCCUGUACCUGACAUCUUGGCCCGCGCGAGGCUGCAGUGCCAGCAAAAUGUUCUUCAUGCGCACAGUGGCCAUCUGAGGGAUUUUCGUCCAACCUCACGCAUCGGCCCGUUCCCGACGUUAGGUCUUGCCCCUCAGAAGCUAGACUUCUGUACAGGGGAUCAUUACAGGGCUACUGCUGGGGGCUCCUCUAGUCACAAAAGGCCACCAGGGAGCCCUGGGAAGUCUGGCAGCAACAGCAAGAAGCCACGCAAGGAGAACAAACAACCCGCCGACAAAGCCCAGAAUGGCGCAAAUAGUGAUGGCUGCGAGGGCGGCGGCGGCGGCGACGCCCCGAGCGACACAGAUAGUGAUGAGGACGAGGACGAUGAAGGUGAUUCUAGCCGGGAUGGACCACGAUUUCCUCUACCCACAAAUUCCCCCGACAAAACAUUUCCAUGCCCAUUCCACAAAUAUCAUGCAGCUCGGUACUGUAAAUGCAAAGGGCACCACAUAACAUCCAUUAGCUAUGUUAUUCAGCAUAUCGGCCGACGCCACCUAUUGAAAGAAGUGAGGAUGGAUGUACAGGAGACCGCUCAUUCAACGGAUGAUAAUACCACCCAAGCGGAAAGGACCACAGACCCCGCUAAAAUCGUUUUCUACUGUCCGAGAUGCCGGAACGAGUUCCAUGGCCGUAAGGCAGAUGUCAGGAAUGAACGCCACACAGGAUGUGAGCCAAAAAGCAUUGCACAGACAGGCGUCUUGAUACCGGCAGAGUUCAGAAAGCUCAAAGAAAACGUCACUGCGGCGUCUGGCGACGAUCAGAAAUGGAAGAAGAUAUGGACAACAUUGUACCCGGAAGAAACGACAACAACCCAGCAUAAUGAGGCAGAACCUAUGGCUACAAUUGCUGUUGAUGCACAGCCACAUAACGAUAUCCAACAUGACCCGCUUCCCGGAGCUGUCAAUGGACCUUACCACCCUGCUCCUCCGGGACAAUUCGAUCCGCAAGGAGCGAAUUUUGCGCAAAACCCUCAGGAUUAUUUGAGCAAUGAUCCAUUUGCCGACAUGUUCAAUAAUUCCUGGGGUACGGCGAAUGAGUUUGGGGAUGUGAGCCACGCUACAAGCCACAUCCCGAACCCCGCACCGCCUAAUUUGCAGAUGAUCAGGCCAGUGUCGGACUCGACGCAGUGGUCCAUGCCGUUUCCCAAUGAUAACUGGUUCAUCACCUGUCGCGUCUGUGGCAAUGCUAGUCAUGUGGCUCGCGAUUGUCCCAACCGACACCAUAACAACUUCCACGGCCCUCAAUGA